GUGUACGUAACAGCAAAGGGUCGAACAUUAGAUCCCAACGAUCAUGUGAAGAGAGAGAUAGAAUAAUUGAUAUGAUGGAGAAAAAGAAUAGAGAGAGAAAGGCAGAGCCAAGACAAGGACGUACUGUGUGAUAAAUCAACCAUGCUCGAAGACAGCCCACAAUAAAUAAAGGCUUUAAAUAAAACUGAUAAAUAUGCAUGUAUGACAGAGCGAUAGGAAAACCAAGAAAGGCUUUAGAAAAAUAAAUGGAGACUCCAAUGGUAUCAUAUCAUAUUUUAUUAAAAUUGCACUCUAAAGCCGCUAUGAUUGCUUGCCCCCACACUGUUUAAUUUUUAUUCGUAUAUAUCUCUGUCGUUUCCCCUCCAAAAUUGAUACCCCGCCCCCGGCCCCCUUUACUCUUCCCUUCAUUGCUUCAUCAUCACAUUUCUACUUACAUAACUUCUCCUCUUCUACAUUCGUGUAACCUCUUGAUAUGAGAUAACAUGGUUACGUGCCACACGCACCCACUCCUUUUCAUCUUAUUUCUCUCCUUCGUUAUUGCUAAUUCUGCCGAGGCCGAGGGCGGGGUAAAAUUUCAGCUGAUUCGCCGCCGCGAUCUGCUUCCCAGAGGGGUGGAGCGGCUGCGGCAGUUAGUCCGCAGCGACACGGCUCGCGUGCGCGGGAUAUCAAGGAGAGUUAACGUUAGGCGCCAAAUCCGAGAGAAUGUGUACGAGCCGGCCUGCAACAAUGGGAGCCGCGGCAAGGACCAGCAUGCUUCCGGAGAGCUGCCGAUGCAUUCCGGCGCGGACAACGGCGUGGGGCAGUACCUGGUGAAGUUGAGAGUGGGAUCGCCGUCGCAGAAACUGGUGCUGAUCGCCGAUACGGGGAGCGACCUGACUUGGAGCAAUUGCAGGUACAAGUGCCCCGGCGGCAGAUGCGCCAGACAACGCCGCCGCGUCUUCCGCGCCGAUCUCUCCUCCUCCUUCAGGACUGUGCCCUGCUCUUCCACCAUCUGCAAGACUGAUCUUGCUAAUCUCUUCUCCCUUUCCAGCUGCCCUUCCCCACUCGACCCCUGCUCCUAUGAUUACAGGUACUCGGAUGGGUCAGCCACGGUGGGCGUAUUCGGCAACGAGAGCGUCACAUUGAGGCUGAGCAACGGCCGGAAGGCGAGGCUCCACGACGUGCUCGUUGGGUGCAGCGAGUCCGCCCGCGGCCAGAGCUUCGUGGCCGCGGACGGCGUCAUGGGAUUGGGAUACAGCAACUACUCGGUUGCGGUGAAGGCGGCGGAGAGAUUCGGGGGCAAGUUCUCCUACUGCCUGGUGGAUCACUUGAGCCCCAAGAAUGUGUCCAGUUAUCUCAUCUUCGGCUCCCACAAAGACGUCAACAUCUCCGUGGUCAGAAUGCGGUACACGCAGCUGGUGCUGGGCGUCAUCAAUCCCUUCUACGCCGUCAACGUCAAAGGCAUCUCCGUCGGGGGCGUCAUGCUCGACAUUCCCGCCGAGGUUUGGGAUUUGAAGGGUGUCGGCGGCGCCAUCGUUGAUUCCGGCACCAGCCUCACGGUGCUCACGCGGCCGGCUUAUAAGCCCCUCAUGGCCGCGCUGCAGCGCUCGCUGCUCGAUUUCAAGCAGCUGCAUUUGGAUAUCGGGCCGCUUGACUACUGCUUCAACUCCACCGGGUUUGAUGCGGCGACGGUGCCGAGGUUGGGACUGCAUUUCGUGGAUGGGGCGAGGUUCGAGCCGCCGGUGAAGAGCUACGUGAUUGAUGCUGCUCCGGGGGUGAAAUGUCUGGGAUUUGCGGAGGGGGCGUGGCCGGGAGCGUCUGUUGUUGGGAAUAUUUUGCAGCAGAAUCAUUUCUGGGAGUUUGAUAUUGGGAAGAGUAGAUUGGGUUUCGCUACCUCCUCCUGUGUUUAGACUUUUGGCCUCAUUUGUGUUCAUGUUCGUGUUGAUAAAGCACUAAUCAUUCUGCAUUGUAAGUCACAUCCCCUUUCUCAUUCAAAUUUGUAUACAUACAUUCAAGGAAAUCAUAAUUGUUUGAGGAUUUCGUGUA